AGUUCUUCUCUCACCAGACUCAUAAAAGUCAACCUGUGAGAGCGUUAAUAACAGAAAAAAACUUCGGUUUUCUAUCUCCUCGUUUUUAAGCGAAAUAUUCAAUUUUUAAAAAUGCGUGAGUGCAUCUCCGUUCAUGUUGGUCAAGCUGGAGUCCAGAUUGGCAAUGCCUGCUGGGAACUCUAUUGUCUUGAGCAUGGCAUCCAGCCGGAUGGACAGAUGCCCAGUGACAAGACCAUCGGAAGAGGCGAUGACUCUUUCAACACCUUCUUCAGUGAGACUGGAGCUGGAAAGCACGUCCCCAGGGCUGUGUUUGUAGACCUUGAGCCCACUGUCAUUGAUGAGGUGCGCUCUGGGACAUACCGUCAGCUGUUCCACCCUGAGCAGCUCAUCACAGGAAAAGAAGAUGCUGCUAACAACUACGCUCGUGGUCACUACACUAUUGGAAAAGAGCUCAUUGAUCUAGUUUUAGACAGAAUUCGCAAACUGGCUGACCAGUGCACAGGCCUCCAGGGUUUCCUGGUGUUCCACAGCUUUGGUGGUGGAACUGGUUCUGGCUUCACCUCUCUGUUGAUGGAGCGUCUGUCUGUGGACUAUGGCAAGAAGUCCAAGCUUGAGUUCUCCAUCUACCCUGCUCCUCAGGUCUCCACUGCUGUGGUAGAGCCUUACAACGCCAUCCUGACCACCCACACCACCUUAGAGCACUCUGACUGUGCCUUCAUGGUAGACAAUGAGGCCAUUUACGAUAUCUGCCGUAGGAACCUCGACAUUGAGCGUCCUUCUUACACUAACCUCAACAGGCUGAUCAGUCAAAUCGUGUCCUCCAUCACAGCCUCGCUCAGGUUUGAUGGUGCCCUCAAUGUUGAUCUCACCGAGUUCCAGACCAACUUGGUGCCUUAUCCUCGUAUCCACUUCCCUCUGGCUACCUACGCCCCAGUGAUCUCCGCAGAGAAGGCUUACCAUGAGCAGCUCACUGUGUCUGAGAUCACUAAUGCUUGCUUCGAGCCGGCCAAUCAGAUGGUGAAAUGUGACCCACGUCACGGCAAGUACAUGGCUUGCUGCCUGCUGUACCGUGGUGAUGUUGUGCCCAAAGAUGUGAACGCUGCAAUCGCCACCAUCAAGACCAAGCGCACCAUCCAGUUUGUGGACUGGUGUCCCACUGGUUUCAAGGUUGGCAUCAACUACCAGCCUCCCACUGUGGUUCCAGGAGGUGAUCUGGCUAAAGUGCAGAGGGCCGUGUGCAUGCUGAGCAACACAACAGCUAUUGCUGAGGCCUGGGCUCGUCUGGAUCAUAAGUUCGAUCUGAUGUACGCCAAGCGCGCCUUUGUGCACUGGUAUGUGGGUGAGGGUAUGGAGGAGGGCGAGUUCUCAGAGGCCAGAGAGGACAUGGCUGCCCUGGAGAAAGAUUACGAGGAGGUCGGAGCUGAAAGUGUGGACGGAGAAGAUGAGGAGGGUGAAGAAUAUUAGAAAUGCUUCUCCCUUCCACUGUCUGUUCUGUUUCUUGUCUAUUGUCGUUUUUAUGUUUCCUUUUUCUUCACUUUCCAGCUGUCAACUGGCUAAAAGGUCAAUGUGACAAGCAGGGCACUGCCUCAUUCUCUCUUGACCCGCCCUGCUCGUCACAGUCAAUCUUGCACAUUAUCAGUCCCUCCAGAAAAACGUGAUUAUGCGAUCCAUGAAUUCAAUGCAUAAUCAGCCAAAGUCCACACAUUUAUGCGGGGCCACAUUUUUUUCAAAUACGACGCACUUUCGCUGCAUAAAUUGCAGAUUUCCGUGCAAAAUAUGUGGGGCUUGCAUGAUUUCUUAAUCCUCUCAUU